GUCGCUGUUUUCGGUAUCAAUGGCUCCUUAGGUAGCGUUACUAUCAAUGCCUUGACCUCAGCUCCAUUUGCUGACAAGAUUGCACUUCCAGUUAUUGCCAUCACCAGAGACAACUCCAAGGAAACCGACACUGAUCUAGUUGUUUAUAAACAAGCAGAGGUCAAGCCAGAUGCUCCAGCCAAAGAAUUGACCGAUAUCUUGAAGGGAGUUGACGUUUUGCUCAAUGUUGGAAGCGUUGCAAAUUCCAAUGACAGAACUUUGGAUGCCAUUCUCAAAGCUGGCACAAUCAAAUUAUAUGUUCCCUCUCAGUUUGGAUUGGAUUUAGUUGCUACUCAAAGUUAUUUUCCUAAUUUUUUGUCUAUCAAAACUGACCACACCAACAAGGCAAGAAGCUUGGGUAUCAAAACUGUUGAUGUCAUUACCUCACUAUUUGCU